ACAAGGGUUACACCUAUUCCUCUUUCUAUUUUCAGUAAGCGUACCCUUGCAGCAGUAAACCGGAUAUGCAGAUCAGUUCCGGUUAUGGAACCUCCGGUAUCAUUGGUGUAACUUCCAUCGACGAGAACGACAGCAACAUCAAUAAUAAUAAUAAUAAUAUCAACGGUGCAAUUAAUAGUAACAACGACGAUAAGAGGAACAACAACAGUAACAGGAACCACAGCACCAAUAACAAUAAUAAUAAUAGUCCUACCAUGCCGUCUGCUGAGGCACCCCUGAAUAAUAAUGACAAUGAACCGGAAGUUGCUUCUGGAAGCGACACACUAACACCAACAGAAUGGUUGUGGAGUACUUCGAACUGUCUUCACACGCGCCUGGAUAACCAGCUUCCUACUCAUCAUGAUCAUCAUCAUCAUCAUCCUCAUCACCAGCAGCAACAACAGCAACAAGCCCACACACAGCAAACGCAGCAUCCCUUACAUCCAACUCUACUCAAUGCUUCUCCUCACGCUUCCGCUCCUCCUCCUCCUCCUCCAGCACAUCCUGUUACUCUUACUCAUAGUCAUCACCAUCAUCAUCAUCAUCAACAGCAGCAACAACAACAACAGCAACAGCCUCAACACCAGGAAAUGACGAGUGGCUCUAUUCUGUAUCCAGUGUCCACUGCUAACUUCCACGCCCAGGCUGGAGUCUACGGUCAACAGAAACAUCAGCAGCAGCAGCAGCGGCAGCAACAGCAGCAGCAUCAGUCACACCAGGGACAAGAUCAGCAACAGCAUAACCGCCACCACAACCCACAACACCACCACCAACAACAACACACUGAAGAUCAACAACAACAACAACCCCCGUUACUUACGUCUUCUGAACAUCAUCAGCAACAACAACAACAGCAACAUAACAUACACCUUCACCAUCAGAUACAGCAACAACAGCAGCAGCAGCAGCAACAGCAGCAACAUCAUCUCCAGCAACAACAGCAGCAGCAACAACACCAUCACCACCACCACCAUCUCCUUCUGCAUCCUCUCACCGCAGCCCACGCCGUCCGCCAUUCUGAAUCAAUGGUUAAUGCGGCACAAUACAACGCCGCGUCCGUGGCGGCGGCGGCGGCAGCUGCUGCGGCGGCGGCAGUAGCGGCAGCCGCUGCCGCAGCCACUGGUGUCGGCGUCAACGGUAACGGUGGCUCACCAUCAGCGGCACACAACGUUAUUUUUAACGGUGGAAGCAAACCGAAGCGGCGACGCAUACCGACAGUGGCACAGAGGCGUGCCGCCAACAUCCGUGAACGACGUCGGAUGUUUAAUUUGAACGAAGCAUUUGAUACAUUGCGAAAGCGGGUGCCAACGUUCGCCUACGAGAAGAGGCUGUCCCGUAUUGAAACUCUGCGUUUAGCUAUAACAUACAUCUCGUUCAUGACUGAUGUUGUCAGUGACAAGGAGUCAGCCGGUGGCACAAAGGUCCGUGGUGUGAAAACUUUGAGCUGGGAGAACUUACAGACAAUCGCUUCGGAUUUUCAUCAUUUACACGGCAAAGGUUAGACUGCAUUAUGACGGUUAUAUGCAUAAAAACGAAUUUCAUAAACGCAUGUUCCCGGUCGCAGAGACCUACGUAUACGUUCAAACUCACAUACGGAAGCUAGAUGUAAAUACACAGUGAUUAGAUUUUUACUAGCCGAAGGGUAUUUGUAAUUUUCUGUGUUUGCAUUUUGACCUCACAAGAAGCGGAGAUAAAUGAUAGACAUGCCAUUCGUUAGGGAGACAUUGGUAAGGGGCGAUGCCUGCCAAUUUCAGUGAAAGAAGCGUCUCGCAUGGAAUAAAUUAUACUUUUGAGUAGGUGCAUACAUACAAUGUACAAACAUGACCAGACAUAUGUAUGCAUGUAUCUUUAUUAGUACAUCUAUAUGUAUAUAUAAGAAGGUGGAUUGAACAGGCUUUAUUAUAAAUUAGGACAGUUGCUUCGGCGCAUCAAUAUCAACUGGUAAUUACCGGAAAUUACAUAUAUUAGACACAGUAUUCAUCCAACAACAGCUGUACACAUGCACGUCUUCGGGUGAAUAGAGUAUAUAUAUAUAUAUAUAUAUACACACACACGUACAUGUAAGAACUGUUAUUACAGUCGCAUUUCGCUGCGAAUGACUCUGCGGUGCUUCAGCAUUUCUCAAACUAAGUAAGUUGUUGUUAAAAAACUGAAAAGGACUCAGCUUUGAGGAGCCUAACAAACUAGCACGUGAUUGCCCUUCGACGACACAUUUUUUGUGCAUAUAAAGACACAGACAUACAGUCAAGCACGCAAUGUUUAUUGUAAAAGACUUACAACAAUCGUUAUAUAUUUAUACACACACACAGACGCGUGCGCGUACACGCACACAUAUUAUUUGUGUGUGUGUGUUAAGACGGUGAGUUGGCAGAACCGCUAGCUCGCCGGCCAAAAUGCUUAGCGGCAUUUCGUCCGUCUUUACAUUCUGACGAUGAUCAAAUUCUGACGAUGUCGAUUCUGCCUUUCGUCCUUUUGGGAUUGAUAAAAUAAAAACUACAGCCAAAUACUGGUGAUUGAUCUAAUCGACUUCACCUCCCCUCAAGAACUGAUGGCCUUGGGCCAAAAAAUACGAAGCCAUUAAAACACACUUACACACACACAUACACACAAGGAAUUUCUGGCUGCCCUUCAGCGUUUAACACAUAGGGUCUAUAGCAUGUUGCAGAAUGGACUUUUGAAGGAAUUUUCACUGACAGAAAUCCCGUGACUGGAGAAUAUCUUGAUGGAAGAAAAACUAGAAAGAAUAAGAAAUGAAGAAAAACAGCAGACGUUUUGUUAAGCGUCAUUCUUUUCCUUAACAAUGAGUAUAUAAUACAUAAUGUUUGUAUCUUUAACUCUGUUCGUCUGCCAUCUUUUUCUUUCGAUGUCUGUUUUCAUUUGGUAAAUUUAAAAACUCAUAUUAUACUGU